CCCCUAGUUUCUUCCAACCAAUCAGCUUUCGGAAGCUGACUGAAGCGUUGGUCAGUAACGCAAAGAACCUAAACCGCAGUAAAAACAGAGCCGUAUCAAAAUAAAUCAUUGAUGGCGGCAGUGCGAGCAUGUGGCUUCAUAGUGUUCCGUCGCUUAGCCAGGUCUACACCUCCUCCAAAUAACAUUGAGUACCUUCUCUUGCAAACCUCCUACGGAGAACACCACUGGACCCCACCUAAAGGUCACGUAGACCCGGGGGAGGAUGACCUCACCACAGCCCUGAGGGAGACCCAGGAGGAGGCAGGCUUGGAGGCCAAGCAUCUUCGGGUGGUUGAAGACUUUGCAAAGGAGCUCUGUUAUGAGGUGCGGGGGAAGCCCAAGGAAGUGUUGUACUGGCUCGCCGAGCUGAGAGACCCAGAGGCGACCGUGACUCUGUCUGAAGAGCACCAGGACUACCGCUGGGCCCCUCUGGAAGAGGCCUGCUCCCUGGCACAGUAUAAAGACCUCCAGGACACCUUGAAGGCAGCACAGAAACACCUUACCUAAAGACACUGCAGAACACUAAUAGAGGACCUAUGGAGAAGGAGAUCAUGAAGUAGAAUAAAUCAUGUUUGACUGAAUAGGCAUCGGUCUGAUCAGAAGCAGACCAACUGGGAAAACAUGAGAAUACGAUUCAUGUGCCAGUCCUAUUAUAACAUUUCUGCUAUUGUGGGUUCUAUGGUUUCAGUUUUUAUUGAUUGUUGGAAGUUAAUUUCCGCAAACUACUAUCACUGUCUAACAAGUGUUAGAAUGGUCCUUUUUACAUAUUCCAUUUAAAAUAACACCAUAUAGUUACUGGCUGGACAAUACUAGCCUUGUGAGACUAUCCUGAUUGUCUUUUGCAUUUGGCAAUAUGCGAAACCAUCUGCAGAAAGAAACCAAAUGUGAACUUGUGUGAUCUGGAUGGUCUCACGAGGCUAGUACAAUGCUCUCGUCAUUGGGUUAUAUGAUAAUAUCAAAUGUAAUGCUGUUGAGCUACUGACAUGUUGCCUCACACUCUUCUUUUGCAAUAAUCUGUCUACUCGCAAGUAAAUAAAUUAUUUGAAUUUAUAUUUGUUCUACUUUGGUUUUGAGAGCAAUGCCGAUGCUGCUUGUACAUUUCAGUCCCUUUUAAUUAGUCACUGCCUAGCUUCUGGGUAAGGACAGGCCAUCAAGGAGGAGCAAUAACUCCGAUAGGAUGCAAACAGUAAAGACACAUGUUAACAUGCAAAAUACAGCCCUACUGGGAGUCUGCUCUUCCCCCUGACCGUGUCCGCACCAUUUUGCCUGUUUCAAAUUCUGUGUUUGCAAUAUAUACAAUUAUUUAUAAUUGAUUGAAGUAUCUAUUUAAAUUACACAAACAGCUACAUAAUGACAAACAAGGUGAAAACCGAUUACAAAGUACUCCAAUGACAAACUAUUUUAUUUGGAUAAAUUGCCAACAUUUCACAAUAAUUGUAUGCUGUAUGUUUCUUUUGCAAUAGUUCCCCCCCUUUAUCAAGCCAAAACCCCUCAAUGCAUUGUCAAUUUCCAAUGGCAUGUCAGUAAAAUGCUGACGCUAAAAUCACAAACAAAAACCCAACAAUGUAGUUCAUACAAUAUAAAUCUCAUGUGACAUUUUUUAUCCUCUCAAACAAAACGGAUUGAAACAGACGAUCAAAGAAGGCCAAGUGAACACAUAAGAUUGUGGGGGCCUACAUCAGUUCUCAGUCCAAUAAGUGUGUAGCCUUCAUCCUCAAAAGGGCAUUUAGGGCGCAGAAAACACAUGCUCCAAAUACACACUCAUGGAUGGAAAGAACUAAGUUAAUCCACCUUCGACCUACCCCAAAAAUGGAUAUAUAUAUUUUCCAUAUACACUUUCAAAUGUUGUUUUUUUCAAAUAAGAUACUAGUGUGCGUGUAGUGGGUGUGUUUAUGUGUGUGGGGUGUUGGGAACCUUUUCAUGGUCUCUACAUUCUAAGGGAACAAAAAAACAAAAAAGGCAACAAACGAGUUACAAAAAAGGGUGACUUCUAAGAUAUAACAUUUCCUCUUUUUAUUAGCUAAGCCGAAGACCAGCCCUAAAGAGGAACUACUGCUGGCUCUACUCUCUGAAUAUAACAUGGACAUGGGUUGUGAAAAUGUGUUCUCUUAAUGCUCAUCAGUCCUCCCAUGAAUUGACAUCAGUCUUCUGCUCUUGGGCGAGGAGGAGAUCCAUAGCAUGCAGUCAAUCCCUGUAAUGUGAAUGACCACUAGAUCCACAAUUGGCCCAAUUCGGUGAGCAGGAGUUCCUUCCUCAUUCACCUUUGUGUCCCAAAUGCGGUGAGCAAUAUGGAAGAUAAAGCAUUUUGUUUCACAGUCAAGAGUCACAAGAUCCAUUUUCAGGAAUUCCAGGAGAACAAGGAGAGAACCUUCUACAUGCAUCAAUCCCUCUAUAGCACUUGAAAGUUUGUCGAUAUUUGUCGAGCAACUGUAUUUCCUUGGCAGUAAGUCCAUCCAUAUGUGUAUGCGUGUGUGUGUGUGUGUGUAAUAAAAAGGUACGCCAGGUCCUUGGCUCCUCAAAAUGUGAUGACUAGAAUCAAAAUGUUUAAAAAAAGAAGCGUCAAGCAGGAUAACUUAAAACAGAGCAUGGCUUUCAUUGUUAGGAUUAUACCUUUAACAUAAUUAGUCACAUUGUGAUUCUCAAUUCAGGCUGAAGAGAGAUUUCAACUAAACCAGUCAAAUCCACGCCCGUGCAGGCUGCCAGAAACGGUUAUAGAACACAGGCCAUGUGAAAGGUUUGUCCAGUUAUCCAACUGGACAAACCAUUGGGGUUAAUUCAGACAAUUCUAAGGUGACAAGAUGUUCAACCAGUUGAAGAAGAGGCAGAGUGGAGAAAGGCAUGAGUAAAAGUCCAAUAAUAGAAGGUGCACACUAACAAAAAAAGCAAUUUGUACUUUUGUUCAGAUUGAUUGCAAUAAAUGUUUGAAUGUUAGUUUCGGUCACUCAACAUACGUUAUUCUGUCCUGUUUGGGGUAACAAUGUGUUGGCUUAAUUAAAGCACAAAAAGUAACAAUAUUCUUGGGACUUGAAUGGAAUCGAAAAGUUCACAUAGUGCAAAGUUUCGUUAAAAGGCCAGAUUUUUGACUCGCCAAGAACGGAAAAAAUUGGCUAUUCUGGACCGUGAGUUACUCAGUCUACACUUAUCGGUGGUGGGAUACUGUAUACAUUUUUUAUCAUGAAUCCCUGUCCUCGAACAACACCCACAGAGACAAAAGUAAAGAGGAAAAUGAAGGUGAGGAGGCAUAUAGUUUUUACUUUGACUUAUUCCUCUCCUGGCAUAGAGUCUGCAGAGGCCCUGAGGUUUAAGAGGCAGAGACGUGAGGUUUAGGUUCACCUGGAAUACUCCAUCCAGUGUCAGGAGAGCUCACCGUCAUGUUCUUCACAUUGUCCUUCCUCAUAUCUUCUUUUCCUUAUGAUGUGAUGUGAAGUGGGAGAUGUACAGGGGACUGGUCCAGAUGUGUGUUGUGUGAAGGUACGUUUUUGUUUGCAGGAUGUAGUAGAUUGCAUCAAAUUUGGGACAGAAAGACAAAUUAGCUAUGUUGAAGAGGCACACAAAAUGACUGACUGAAAUGACGACGAGGGAAGGAGAUCCGAAAGACAGGACAGAUACAGAAUGAGUUUGCCAGCCGUUAAGAGGGUCAAGCCACAAACUUUACCUUAUUCAGACUCCUGAUGAAAACAAACAAAUUCAAUCAGAGCCAGUCACACAAACCGACUGAUACACACAAAGACAAGUACACACACACACACACACACACACACACACACACACACACACACACACACACACACACACACACACACACACACACACACACACACACACACACACACACACACACACACACACA